ACUGGCUUCACACCAACCAAUUACAGGUAAAACUUGAAGCUAUAUAUAGCAGAAAAAGGAUGGAUUGAAUAAGUAUAUUUCAAUCUCAAAACUUAACUUGCUCACAAGAAAGCAAAAUGGCAGAAUUAUUCAUCAAGCAGGCAAAGCAAUAUGCGCAAACUAGGCCGUCUUACCCACCAGAUUUGUUUCAAUUCAUUGCCUCCCAUGCGCCCCACCACAACCUUGCCUGGGAUGUUGGUACCGGAAGCGGCCAGGCUGCUAGAUCUCUGGCUGGAAUCUAUAAGAACGUGAUAGCUACAGACACAAGCCCAAAACAACUAGAAUAUGCAUCAAAGCUUCCCAACAUUCGAUAUCAAUGCACUUCUCCAAUCAUGUCCUUCUCUGAGCUUGAACAAAAUGUGGCAAAGCAAUCAAGUGUGGAUUUAGUGACCAUUGCUCAAGCCAUACACUGGUUUGACCUCCCAAAAUUUUACCAACAGGUAAAAUGGGUUCUUAAGAAACCUCAUGGAGUAAUUGCUGCGUGGUGCUACACUGUACCACAAGUUAAUGACUCUGUAGAUGCAGUUUUCCAACCAUUUUACACCGUUGAUUGCGAGCCUUACUGGGAACCGCAACGUAAAAUGGUUGAUGAAAAAUAUAUAAGCAUUGAUUUCCCAUUUGAGGCAGUGGAUGGGAAAGAAAAUACGGGUCCAUUUGAGUUUGUAAUAGAGAAGUUGAUGGAUUUAGAUACUUAUUUUACUUACCUAAGGUCAUGGUCAGCAUAUCAGACUGCUAAGGACAAGGGCGUGGAGCUUCUCACAGACAAUGUUGUUGAGAAUUUUAAGCGUGCUUGGAAUGAAAAUGGACAUAGCCAAAAGGUUGUUCGAUAUCCAGUUUAUCUUAGGAUUGGGAAAGUCGGAAAUAAUAAUUGAAGAUGAAAAAGUGAAAUCAAUUGUGUUCUGUUGAUUUUAGAUUGAAAAUUAAUUUUUGUCAGUU